AUGAAACCUUUGACUUUUUCUACAGUCUUAGUUUUCCUCUCUUUCCUUCAUACUGCUUUUCAGACACUCGAUAAUGAAAUAUUUUUAAUAUACAAUGAGGAUAGUAAGUUUUGUUUAAUUGCUCAGAGUUCUCAUGCAGUCACAACAGCUGCUUGCAACAAAAAGACUGAGUUACAAAAAUUCAGGUGGGUGUCUGACCACCAGCUGAUGAGCAUGGCAUUUGCACAGUGUUUGGGAGUGCCCUACAAGCAAAACGAGGCGAAAAUUUCUUUGUACCCCUGUAACAAGAAAAGUGAAUUCCAGAAAUGGGACUGCAGAAAUGCAACCUUGGCAAUCCAAGGGCAAGAUUUAUUUCUCAGUGCUGGCAAAAGAAAAGAAGACAAUAUUGUACUGAACACAGGAUCAGUGAUGACAAAUAAAUGGAAGAUCUUUGGAACCAUGGAUGAUUUGUGUUCUCAAGGACAUGAGGAUCUGUUUACACUGUUAGGAAAUGCCAAUGGAGCUCCAUGUGCCUUCCCCUUCCAGCUGAGUGGUAAAUGGUACGCUGGGUGCACAGCUGCCGGCAGGUCAGAUGGCUUACUCUGGUGUGCAACAACUCCCAACUUUGACAUGGACCAUUUGUAUGGAUUCUGUCCAACUGGCCACAAUGACAGAUUUUGGAGUACUGAUCCUUUGACAGGAACCUACUACCAGAUAAACUACCAGUCGGCUCUCACAUGGCACCAAGCAAGAAAGAGCUGCCAGCAGCAGAGUGCAGAAUUAUUAAAUGUCACAGAGAUACAUGAACAAAUGUAUCUAAGAGAUUUGAUUGACAGCAAGAGAUCUUCUCUCUGGAUUGGGCUUAACAGCCUGAAUCUCAACAGUGGCUGGCAGUGGAGCGGUGGCACUCCCUUCAGAUACUUUAACUGGGCACCAGGAAGCCCUGAGCCUGAGCCUGAGAAACUCUGUGCAGUACUGAAUCCCAGAAGAGAUGUUAAAUGGGAAAACCAGCCAUGUGAACUGAAAGUUGGCUACAUCUGUAAAAAGGAAAACUCCACACUGGAUACUUUCAUUCUCCCAUCAGGGGAUGCAGUGCCUGUCAAAUGCCCAGAAGGAUGGCUGCCCUAUGGACAUCACUGCUAUGUGGUUCACAGAGAUGCCAGAGCAUGGAGAGAAGCCCUGAUUUCCUGCAGUGAGAGCAAUGGCAAUCUGGCCAGUAUCCAUAACCCUGAGGAGCAUGGCUUCAUAGUGACGCAGCUCGGCUACAAUGCUGCAGAUGAGCUGUGGAUUGGUCUGAAUGACCUCAGCACUCAAAUGUGCUUCGAGUGGAGUGAUGGGACUCCUGUGACAUACACCAAAUGGUUGCCUGGAGAACCAACCCAUGCAACCAAUGGGCAAGAAGAUUGUGUCAUUAUGGCAGGAGAGGAUGGAUAUUGGGCAGACAGUGCCUGUGAUAGAAAGUUAGGUUACAUCUGCAGAAGAGAGCCACUACAAGGAGUUUCUGGGACAGUAAACAGUGAUCCUGCCUGUCUGAAGGGCUGGAAAAGAUAUGGUUUUUACUGUUACCUUGUUGGACACACCUCUUUAACAUUUUCAGAAGCAAAGAAAACCUGUGAAAGGAGCAGUGGUCAUUUAACAACUGUUCAAGACAGAUAUGAGCAAGCCUACCUGACCAGCCUGAUUGGUCUCACCUCUGAGAAGUAUUUUUGGAUUGGUCUCUCAUAUAUGGAAGAGCAAGGGAUGUUCAAGUGGGCAACUGGUGAAGGUGUUCUGUACACAAACUGGAAUGCAGCAAUGCCUGGUAAUGAAGCCGGUUGUGUUGCCCUAAGGACUGGACAUGCAGCUGGACUAUGGGAUGUUCAGAACUGUGAAGUAAAGGCAAAAUUUCUCUGCAAAAAAAUAGCUGAAAAAAUCACUCUUCCUCUUGCUCCUGAAACUGCUUCUGAUUACAAAUGUCCCUUGGGUUGGGAUACAAGCAAUAGCACUAAUUCAUGCUUCAGAGUUUUUGUGAGAGAAGAAAACCAAAAGAAAACAUGGUUUGAAGCCCGAGAUUUCUGCAGAGAAGUAGGAGACUUGGCUGCUAUUAGAAAUGAAGAAGAGCAAACAGUGAUAGAAAACUUAAUAAUAAAAACAUCCCCAUCAUCUCAGCCUUUCUGGAUAGGCUUGCAGUAUUUGGAUCCUGAUGGUGGGCUUUCCUGGAGUGACGGAUCCCCAGUGAAUUAUAAGAAAAAACUUUGGUUUUACAAUACUGCAUUUGAAUAUUGUGGAACAAUCAGAUACGAGCCUUCCAUGUCAUGGAUUGAGGAGCACUGUGAAUACAGUCAUAACUGGGUUUGUGAAAUAAAGAAAGGGAUGUCCUUGAAACCAGAACCUCUGGGCCCUUCUACCAUGUAUGAAGUCACAGAAGAUGGCUGGAUUAUAAAAAGGGACAAACAAUAUUUUUUCAGCACAGAAAAGACUGCUAUGGAGAAAGCCAGAACAUUCUGCAAAAGCAAUCAUGGAGAUCUCGCUACCAUUGAAAAUAACAGUGAAAGGAAAUUUUUGUGGAAAUAUAUUUUAAAAAAUGGCAAAUUGGAGUCAUAUCUUAUAAGAUUAUUUCAGAAUGCUGAUCAACAGUUUAGCUGGAUGGAUGGAAGCCCGGUGCACUAUGCAGCUUGGGCACAGGGUGAGCCCAACUUUAAAUACGCUCAAGAAAAUUGUGUGGUUUUAAAUAAAAAGAAUGGCUUGUGGAGUGAUGUCAGCUGUAGUUUUUCAAAUGGCUAUAUCUGUCAGAGGCACGGAAGUUUUCUAAAUGCAACAAUUCCUUCAGCGGUACCUUCACCUCCUGGAGGAUGUCCUGAAGAUUGGCUUUUAUUUAAAAAUCAGUGUUACAAAUUUUUUGACACUUCCUAUGAAUACUGGCACACUGCAUGAAGAACUUGUGUGAACCUUGGAGGAAACCUGGCAAGUAUACCUAAUGAAGAAGUACAAGCUUUUCUCACUUACCAUUUGAAAGAUGUUUCAAAUGAUCCCUGGAUUGGCUUGAAUGAUAUACUCAGUGAACUCGACUUUGUUUGGUCAGAUGGAAGUGCUGUCUCAUAUACAAACUGGGCUCCAGAGUCCCCAAAACGUGUAGAACCUGUGUUGUUUGACAGUCUACAUCCAGAAGAUGGCCACAAUCUGCAACAAUUUGAUUGUGUUUCUUUGAAGAGAGGUCAUGCUGAUGAGACAGGAAAAUGGAACAAUAUGGAGUGUUACAACAGCACAGGGUAUAUAUGCCAGAAGAACAGUGAUCCCAGACUCUUUAAUUCAUCAGCAACAGCACUCGACUUUGCUUUUGACCAUUCUAGUGGCAUUAGUUAUUCUGUCACCCUUUUCAAAAUGAAUUGGGAGGAAGCACAGAGAAACUGCUAUAGCAACGCCUCAGAGCUUGCCAGCAUUUUAGACCCAUAUAGCCAGGCACUGCUGUACUUACUUACACAGGAACAUGGAGAGCCUCUGUGAAUUGGUCUUAACAGCAAUGCGACCAACGGCAAGUAUCAAUGGAUUGACAGAUGGAGAUUAGUUUACAGCAAGUGGUCCAGCGGGGAACCAAAACAGACAUUAGCAUGUGUCUACCUA